CUCGGAAAAAAUACCCCAAAUGCCGGCCUGAAGCACCAAACCCCCAAACCCUACUCCUCCUCCUUGACGGGCGUUGCGCGGCGGCCACCAUGGCUAGGCAGACGCCCAGGUGCUACCCGCAACUCCUCCAAACCGACUUCCCCGGCACGGAGGAGCCCGGCGUUCCCAUGGACAUGCGGCAUGGGCUGGAUCCGGAGACGCUGGACCCCUACAAAAACAUGGUGCUCAAAUUCAUCUACUCCUUCCUCCUCAAGUCCCCCGUCUCCACCGCCGCCUCCCUCUCCUGCACCACCGCGGAUGACGGCGACGGCGUCGACCGCUUCAGCCUUCUCCCCGACGAUCUCCUCCGCCGCGUCGUCUCCCGCCUCCCCGCCAAGGACGGCGCGCGCACCGCCGUGCUCUCCUCGCGCUGGCGCCACCUUUGGCGCUCCACCCCGCUCGUCCUCGUCGACACCCACCUCCUCCCCGCGGCGUGCGCCGGGGCCGUCUCUCGCGCCGUCACCGGCGCCGUCUCCGCAGCCCUCGAGGCGCACCCGGGGAGCUUCACCUUCGUCAGCCUCACCUGCAGCUUCCUGGAACGCGCCGACCGCGGCGUGCUCGCGCGCUGGGUCCAGCUCCUCGCCACCAAGGGCGUCAGCGAGCUCGUCCUCAUCAACCGCCCGUGGCCCCUCCCCCGUGGCGUGUGCCUCCCAGUCGCGCUCUUCAGCUGCGCCUCUCUCACCCGCCUCUACCUCGGCGCCUGGCUGUUUCCGGACACCGCCAGCCUCCCGCGCGGCGCUGCUUUCCCGAAUCUGCGUGAGCUCGUCCUCGGGUGCGUCAUCAUGACGGACAAGGAUCUCGACUUCGUGCUCGCCGCGAGCCCCGUGCUGGAGAUACUCGCGGUCGUUGGAAACCAGACCGAACUGCACGCUCGUCUUGCCAGUCAGAGCCUACGGUGCGCGCAAUUCUGCGUGUCCAACGUGGAGGAGGUCGCCGUGGUGGACGCCCCACUCCUUGAGCGUCUCUUCAUCUGGCACACCUCAAGCCGCGGCAACUCUAGCAUGGCCAGGAGCAGAACAAGUGCUAGAGUCAAGAUUGGCCAUGCUCCACAGCUGCGUUUGCUGGGAUACCUACGACCAGGAGGGCAGGUGCUGGAGAUUGGCAACACCACCAUCAAGGCUAGCACACAGGUGAGCCCAAGCACGAUUGUCCCCAGUGUCCAGAUGUUAGCAUUGAGUCUACGUUUUGGAAUCCACAAUGAAGUCAAGAUGCUGCGUAGCUUCCUCAUGUGCUUCCCGAACGUCGAGAAUCUUCUUAUCGAGUCUGGGGAAACUCAUGAACCCACUGGCAAUCUCCGUCUCAAGUUCUGGCAGGAGAAUGGUAUGAUUGAGUGCGUCCGAUCACGCCUCAAAAGUAUUGUUUUCCGUGAGUACCAUGGGCAUCAGAAUGAGUUUGCCUGUCUCAUGUUCAUUGCCGAGAAUGCAAAGGUGCUGGAGCGGAUGGUGGUUGAGUCAGUGGCGGAUCCAGGAUUUGAAGUUACCCGGGGCGGACUUUAG